AAAGCUGAGAUUUAUAUGAAAGCUUCCUUAUAUAAUGAAGAUUCUAAAUUGUUAAAAUCAUGGCCCCCGGGGGUCGGAUGGGGUCACAAUAGGGGGUCAAAGUUUUACAUACAAAUAUAUAGGAAAAAUCUUUAAAAAUCUUCUUCUCAAGAACCACUGAGCCAGAAAAGCUGAGAUUUAUAUGAAAGUUUCUUUAUAUAAUGCAGAUUCUAAAUUGUUAAAAUCAUGGCCCCCGGAGGUCGGAUGGGGCCACAAUAGGGGAUCAAAGUUUUACAUACAAAUGUAUAGGGAAAAUCUUUAAAACUCUUCUUCUCAAGAACCACUGAGCCAGAAAAGCUGAGAUUUAUAUGAAAGCUUCCUUAUAUAAUGCAGAUUCUGAAUUGUUAAAAUCAUGGCCCCCGGGGUCGGAUGGGGCCACAAUAGGGGGUCAAAGUUUUACAUACAAAUAUAUAGGAAAAAUCUUUAAAAAUCUUUUUCCCAAGAACCACUGAGCCAGAAAAGCUGAGAUUUAUAUGAAAGCUUCCUGAUAUAGUACAGAUUCUAAAUUGUUAAAAUCAUGGCCCCCGGGGAUCGGAUGGGGCCACAAUAGGGGGUCAAAAGGUAAAAAAAAAAUUCCUUUUUUUUUUCGUUUUUUUUUUUUUUUGAUAUAGUGCAGAUUCAAGUUUGUUAAAAUCAUGGACCCCGGGGAUUGGAUGGGGCCUCAAGGGGGGCAUCGAAGUUUUACAUACAAAUUUAUAGAAAAAAUCUUUUAAAAUCUUCUUCUCAAGAACCACUUAGCCAGAAAAGCUGAGGUUUAUAUGAAAGCUUCCUGAUAUAGUGCAGAUUCUAAAUUGUUAAGAUCAUGGCCCCCGGGGGUCGGAUGGGGCCACAAUAGGGGGUCAAAGUUUUACAUACAAAUAUAUAGGGAAAAUCUUUAAAAAUCUUUUUCCCAAGAACCACUAAGCCAGAAAAGCUGAGAUUUAUAUGAAAGCUUCCUGAUAUAGUACAGAUUCUAAAUUGUUAAAAUCAUGGCCCCCGGGGUCGGAUGGGGCCACAAUAGGGGGUCAAAAGGUCAACAAAAAAUUUUUUUUUUUUUUUUUUUUUUUUUUAUAUAGUGCAGAUUCAAGUUUGUUAAAAUCAUGGACCCCGGGGAUUGGAUGGGGCCUCAAGGGGGGCAUCAAAGUUUUACAUACAAAUUUAUAGGAAAAAUCUUUUAAAAUCUUCUUCUCAAGAACCACUUAGCCAGAAAAGCUGAGGUUUAUAUGAAAGCUUCCUGAUAUAGUGCAGAUUAUAAAUUGUUAAGAUCAUGGCCCCCGGGGGUCGGAUGGGGCCACAAUAGGGGGUCAAAGUUUUACAUACAAAUAUAUAGGAAAAAUCUUUAAAAAUCUUCUUCCCAGAACCACUAAACCAGAAAAGCUGAGAUUUAUAUGAAAGCUUUCUGAUAUAGUGCAGAUUCAGGUUUGUUAAAAUCAUGCCCCCCCCCCCCCCCCCCGGGGUAGGAUGGGGCCACAAUAGGGGAUCAAAGUUUUACAUACAAAUAUAUAGGGACAAUCUUUAAAAAUCUUCUUCUCAAGAACCAUUGGGCCAAAGAAGUUCACAUUUACAUGAAAGCUUUCUGACAUAGUGUAGAUUCAAGUUUGCAAAAACCAUGGCCUCCAGGGGAAGGUUUGGGGCCAUAAUAAGGACUACGGUUUUACAUGCAAAUAGAUAUGGAAAAUCUUCUGAUAUGGACCAAGGUGACUCAGGUGAGCGAUGUGGCCCAUGGGCCUCUUGUUAUAAUUCCGAUCGGGCUUGGCUCAAAUUUGAAAAAUCGUUAUAUUUCUGAAUUUUGAACAUUUCAUUUCAAUUUCUUUCUAAAAUGUAAUUCUCCGAUAUAUCUCUUUUUUUUUUUUUAAAUGGCAUGUUUUUUUUAAAGAAUUUAUCCAUAGAUUUAAAAAAUAUUAGCAAAAAAAAGUUUAGCCAUGUUUUCUUAGAUACUCAUAUUGUGCAUCAAAUCACUGCGAAAUUUGGACUCUAGAGUAUUUUAUUUGCAAACAAAGUACCACUUUUAUCAUUCCGGGAUAAAUCACCAAACAAUCAUAUCAAAUACUUGAGAGCUUGUAUCACUCUUUCGAUGGUGAAAUCAUACUUCAUAAGAGGUGUUUUAACGAGCUAUUAAAUAAAAUUUUGGUGUAAUGAACUACCUUAAAGAAGGUUUUCCAGUCCUGAGCUUAUAUAUGAAUGGUGUUUUUAAAGAUUUUGUUGAAAAAAUGAAUUCACCCGUAACACAGAUUUCUGCUUUAUAAAAAGCAGUAGCCGCACCUAUGAUUAUCAAGAAAUUGCAUGUUAUCGACGCUGCAUUAAGGGACAUACAUUUUGUAAAGAAAAUAAGCACAAAGUAACAGUUAAUAAAAUUGUCUUUUAGAGAUAUUGAAAAGACAAACUAUUUUCAAACCACUUAUUUAUUUGCGUUAUUGCUCAUGUCAGUCAUCUUUCUGAGCCGGAGACGGAGGAAGUCCGAACGCGAUUGAACGAGUUACGUCUGGCAUCAUAAGGGAACGACAUCAAACGUCAACAGUGCAAGGUUUUCUGUGUUUUAUCAGUAAUUUUAAAAUCAUAUUGCAUAUUGCCGUCGGCUGAUCGAAUAACAGGUAUAAUCCUUCUGCUAUCCAAGAAAGUAUAUAAAGGUAAAACGAGUGGAUCUUCAGUAGCUUCACAGGCAAAGGUAAGAAACGCAAUACAUGUACCUACACAUGUAUCAAGGAUCUGGACGCCUAGUUGCUUCGAUUAAUGCUAUUUUACAGUCAACUUCAAUCAUAAUUACUGCAAAAAAAUUCAAGUGCAUACUUGCUAAUAUUUACUUUUUUUUAAAAAGGAGAUUCAAGUACCAAGCUCCGAAGAUGAAAUUCCAAAUCGCGAUUGUUGCUUGUUUUAUGACUGUCUGUCUUCAGAAUGCCAUGGCUCAAGUCUACGGAGGUGGUACCUGUGCCUUUUCCACUAGCGGUGUAGCUGCUUGUACCAGUACAGCCAACGGCUUCUGCGCGCUCGACACCAUCGUAGUCACCGGUAGUCCAGUUACUGCUGUAACUACUACCGGAAAAUGUGUCUGCUACGCGGGAUACAGCGGAACCUUAUGCGGAACAUAUACCUCAACCACUACCGCCUCCACCAACAACGCUCUAGGGGUUCUCGCCGUCGGCGCUCUGGCAGCUUACUUCCUGUCCGGAGCUGGAAACGCCGGAUCUUCCACCGGAUUAGGCGGAAACGGAGAUCUCACGGGCACCGAUCUGUUGUACCUUCAGCAAGCCCAGCAGAUCCAAGGUUAAGCUGGUGUUGCGUUACUAGUGGCCAUGGUCCUUGCCUUUCCUGACAUCUUCCACCCAAAUCUGAAAUCGAAACAUAUUACAGUCAUUUAAACUGAAAGCAAACAGAUUUGUCGAUUAUAGGUAACUUUCUGUAUCUUUGAAAUGUGUCCGGCUUUGAAAUUAAUGUCGAAUAUUUUACAUGAUGCUAGUAUUUGUAUUUGCAAGAUAUUGGUUCACUUUGCAUAUCAGUGCUGUAUGUGUAAACAAUGUACAUUAAUUUCAUUGUUCUAUUCUGCGCAUAAGAAAAGGUGUGUCUCCUAUGUGAAUAACAAUAUUGUUGAAUAAAAUUAAUAAUUAAUUACCAA